AUGGACGAGGUUAUCACAGCAAUGCUCAACGAGCCGUUCAGCCGCGGGCUCUGCGUCCUCAUCAUUCUCCUUCAGUACCUCGCGAUCUGGGUCGACCGCGCUACCCGUCGCCACGCAUCGACCUCUCGUACGGAGGUGCGCUCGGCGUGGGGCCGCGCGGCAGCAUCGCCGGUCGCAUCGAGCGGCAACUACUACUACCGGUCGACGCACUCGACGCGCGCCUACAUGCUCAUGUACCGCCCGGUCGACGCACGGCGGAACGGCCAGUUCCUGCCCGACGACGCGCUGCCAGAAGGAGCGCGCUUGAUUCCGCUCGAGAUCUUUUACGACAGCAGCCACAAGACGCUGCAUGUCUCCAAGCUAUUGGCGCUGAGCGACGUCAUGGCGCAGGCCCAAACGCUCUUUGGCCUCGACCUUCCGAGCGACCACGCCCGACUGCGCACCAACUCGGAGUACACGAGUUUGCCGCUCGAGGACUCCUUGCAUAGCUACUACCGGUAUGAUGGCGUGGGCUGUCUCGAAGUGGAGUACGACGACCUCGACGUUUGCUCCGUCUCGAUCAACGACCGACGCUGCAUGUGGUGA